GCCUCGCUCUACGACGCUGAGAUUUCUCCACAAUGUUUUGUUUUUGUGUAGAAUAAGGUUUCAUGUUUAGGGCAAAACAACAGGGCUAACUCCUCUGUUUGUGUGACACCCCUGUUUCAUUUGUUUACUUUAACGUUUCUAGGGUCGCACGUGUGUGAGGUGAAGGUCGAACCAGCAUGUUGACCAUCCGCACCCCGGACAUCUUUCAGAGCUACUGCCUUGCUGCCGUCGCGUUUGAGCUCCCCGUCAUCGUUCAGCUGCUGCGUGGGGACUGGCGGCUGCCGGAUGCAAGCACAUGGUUUGAAGAUGAGGUCUACUACCGCAACAACAUCGCGCUGACCUAUGUCUUCGUCGCCUUCCUCUCCGUUCUGGUCAUCGCACGCGCCAUGGCGUUCUUUCUGCCCAACAUGCGCCUACUCAUCAUCUACAAUCUCGUAUUGCAUCUUAUCGAGCUCGUCGUCUUUGUGUACUGCUUUUCUCACAAGAAGGGUGCGUCGAGCGCUUCUGCGCGUUCCACCGCGGCUUUGGUUGUAGCAAACGUGUCCGUCUUUGCUGCUCGGUUCCUCUACUUGAAGGGAAAGGAGCAGGAAGCGGAGGUGGCGAACACCAAAUGGAGGCGGGAGCAGCUUGCGAUUAUUCGCCAGAAGCGCGCGGCUUAUGCGAAAGAAAAGGGAGACAAGAAAAACAAUUAG